AUGUUGUCAUGGAUAAUUCUUAUUUGUCACAUUCCGUUAGCAGUGACAAUUUCCUUAACUUUAUAUCAAAACGCAUACUUUUCCCCAUUUGAUUCACGUUACUUGCUCAGUAAUCUUUCCUUCAUCAAUUCAACCGACUCUUGUCUCUGUCAGUGUUCAGCUUAUAUACUUUGUUCGACAGUAGUGUAUUCGUCAACUACUCAACUAUGCACUCUCUUCUUUGCGAAUCUAAACCAAGGACAAUUACAGCUGGUGGCAACGAAUACUAGUACAUGUGUUUACAGUUUUAACAACCGAAGUUUGACAAAUCUAACAGUUAUGACGCCGAUGAACGAGACUGUGUACGCAAUUUGGAACACAACAGUAGGUGGUGAUAGUUUAUCUGCAUAUUCGGGUUAUUAUUCUGGCUCAUAUUGGCCUAGUGACCCGGCUAAAAAUGUAUUCGAUGGUAAUUUAACCACGGAUUUUACAAGUCAUGGUGUAUGUAACUACGCUUUGGUGUCAUUAAUCUGUGGACAAAAUACUGGUUUCUAUUUUACUCCACGAUCUGGCUCAAUGAUUGUUAUUGGAUUUCGUUUAGGUACGAAUAACUAUGAUUCAUCACGUGAUCCAUUGACAGUGACAGUUGAAGGCAGUAAUUCCAAUGAAUCUGCUUUCACUCUUGGAUCGAGUUGGACGCUGAUUUACAAUGGUUCGUCGGGACUUCUUUCGAGUACGAACCACGGACAAUGGGGAACAAUACAAGUACUUUCUGGUCCUUUUGUACGGUUUUCAAGUUUCCGUUUUCUUGUUACGACAAAGAGAGGUGUUCAGUGUGGUGCAGCUUAUUCUGAAUAUCAACUAAUAUAUUACUGA